AAAAUGUCAAGGUCAUAGACUUUAUGGUCGAGCGCACAAGGUUCACAAAAAAUUGUUUGGGUUACUAGUUGUUAAACCCUGAACACCAAAUUUAUUCGACGUAUUUCAUCCUGAAGUCUCUAUGUUACUGGAAUAUGCAACUUUUAGAGUCAGUCGGGAAUUUACGACCUCCUCGAAGACUCAAAUCAACAUGUCGUCCAGCGAAAAAACUCAAAACUAUUGCAUAUCAAGGUCUACCACCACCUUCUAUAAGACUACGUUUAGAUGAGGCUAUUGAAAAUGCAAGACGUAAUCAUCAGUCCAAUGUAUUUCCUAGUCAGGAUCCAAGUAUUUUAAAUAAAACAUGGAGAAAAUCAACAACAUCAAUAACUUCAAAUGAUGUUGAUAACGGUAACUCAAACAUUUCAGAAUCACCUCAGAUGUCUCAAAUACUACGUCCUAAUUUAACAAAACCAACUAUAAUUCAUAAACCUGGUAUAUCUUUACGAGGUGAAGAAAGCUUAGAAAAUUAUGUACGCGGAUGCGGUAGUCAGUGGUUUAAACAAAUUAGCAAAGAAGAAUCUUUCAUAGAAUGUCAAAAAGAUGUACACAUCCGUUGUCCACGGGGAGAGGUUUGCUUAUUUUACAAUUUAAUUGAAAAUAAACCCAUAUUAGUGUUUACUAUCUUAACAUGUUACCAUGUACUGGAACAGCCGAGCGUAGAAAGAGUUCGCUCUCUUUCACUCUCUCUGAAAAUUCUUUCAUAUGGCCGCAUGUAUAUAGACACUUCCAAAAACGUCACUCUUGCGGUGGGGUUGUCGUUUACAAAGCAUCUAAUAGACUUCUCAGCAAUAGACUUCAGUUUAUCUAAUUAGUUAGUGAUCGACUUGACUUUGCCAACUGUAAAUCAAAUUUUUUUUAAGGAUCAAACAUAAUUUCACCAAUGUAGCUAAGCAUGUGUUAAUCUUAUACAGUUAACAUUUGGAUUUAACUUAUUAUUUGAGAACAAACACUUUGUUCUUAUUCCAUAUUCAUUGAUUUCUUACUGUAUGUACUUGUCUACUACUUCUGUUUGUGUUCCCUGAACAUACUACGAAAAAACUUGAUAAUACAUAUUUUACAAUAUUGAGCGAUCAUCAUGCAUUGAUAUCAGGGAUAUAUACAUAUUUCAACUGUUGAGAUCAUGAGUCGACUGAAGCUAGACCACCAUGGAAAACCUGGAAGCACUGGACGGCCGUUUGGUCCUAUUGUGGGACUGCUCAGCAGUGCGCAUCCACGACUCUGCUUCGCGGGAUGCGAACGCAGGACCUACUGGCUUCGCGCGCGAGCACUUAACCACUGAGCCGACCGCCAUCCAACAGUGUUAAUAUCUAACUUCAACUAAUCCACGAAAUUGAGCGACAUAUACACCAUUGUCUUCAGUGAGUUACUAUCUCACAACAGACCUGUUUGAACUCCACUAGUCACUAUUUCUCACUAGAACGCCAGGAUAUACAUCUGGAAGCCAGUCACCAGUGAGCAUAUGUUGAUUAUUAUCAGAAGGGGGUUUUGUGGAGAUUUUAGUAAUAUAUAUAUAUAUAUAUAUAUACCCUCUUCACCGAGUUAAAGUACAUUGUUUGUGUUUCUCUAUUAAAACCUUAGGUACACUUUUAAUGGUUAGCAACUAGCAAAUACAAUCAUUACGAUUAGUAUAAAGGGUUUGUUUAAAUUGUUCAAUUUCAUUAUGAAGUAGUGGAUGAUGAUUAAAUGAUAUUACAAAUUGAAUGAAUUUAGAAAUGUGAACCAUUAAAAGUUAAUUCAUUAAUCUGAGCAUAUUCAACGAAGGCUGACAAUCCUUAGUACAAUCUCUUAAGAAGAUAUAGAUGAGCGUUAUUAAGGUGUCUAAUACAAUAAAGACACAACUGAUAAUCAUUCUGUAGUUUAGAUAAAGUUAAACGAUUAUGUAAAAUACAGACUGAGCAAUCACCAUGGACUUCACAUAGAUUUUGAUUAGUUACAUCAUUCUUACAAGUGCAUUGUUGACUGUUGUAAGAGUAAAUUGGAAGAACGCUAGAGAUGACUACAUGAUUGCCGUAAGCAAAAGUUGGAGAUAUUGGGUGACAUGGGUUAGAAUCAUUUGCAAUGGCGCAUAUGGAUUUACAUUUUAUCUUAUAUCUUGAGUUUUAAUCUUCACUUACACUUUUUAUUCCAUCAAAAUAUUCUUUAUUCUCCAAUCAUUUUGUCUAUUCCUAAUCGUUUCUAUGACAGCUGAUAUAAUUACUAGUUGUGCUAAUCAACCAUUUCUCUUGAUAAUUUCAUCUUAGUGUUAUGGAUGCUGAGUAAAAAUAUACCAAUAAUUAUCGUGUUAAGUCUAUGGUGGCCUUGGACCUUAAAUGUACAUUUCCUAUUGGUCGAUGUUUGUUUCACUUGUUAAAUAUUGUGUAAAUGUUGUUUUCUAUUUUUAUGGUACGAUGUGGUUUGUUUGGUUAGUAUAUAAAUAGAGUAUGUCUGAAAUACAACGAUUCAUAACUCAGAGGCUGUGACUUGUGUUCUUGACUCAACUGGCUGGGCUAGACAGGGAAGCGGGACCAAUCAGGGCACUAGGUCGUCCACUACGUGUUUACGUGUCCACUGUAACCGAUCGGUAUAAACGCUGCUUAUCAAAACCUGCAGUCACACCCGUUACAACACUUAGUAUCCUGAUAAGAGGUGGUAAAUCGAACCAAUACACGUAUAUAUCAGAUAUUACAUUGAUAAUAACUGACUGCUUGGUUAACUGAGUACAUGGUUUAACUUAUAAAUAGCUAAAUGUUCAAUACAUUUACUUAUUUAAAUGCAUAUUUAUUGAUAUCACUGAUUUAAGGCGUUAGGUAAUUUACAUAAAGGACGAAACGGUAUUGGUGUUAGUAUUCUACUUGAUUCUAAACAAAAUAAUACACCAAUCAUGGAAUCACAUAAUCCAAUACGUUCUCUUCCAUCAAAUGAAGCUUAUACAAAUUGGCAACGUGAUAGAAUUAAAGAAGCUGGUUUAAUGGAACAAAUUCUAAAUCAAGGAUGGUCAUGUAAAAGUGGUCUUACAAAAAAGUCAAAUGAAAUACAAACUUUUCACAAACCGUCUAAUUAUUUCAAUGAUGACAAUGAUACAGCUGAUCAUUCAGGUGCACAAAUGGCGGAGAUUUUAGGUGAGAAACUUCCUUCUGCUUUGCUACUAAAAGAUGUCAAUAUGAAAAUUGCUCCCCGAAGCAUUCCGCAAUCAGCAGCAGCAAAUGCUGCACGUGAAGGAGUUGGAAUGGCUGAACGAUUCGGUUUAAUUCAGCCUAAACAGUCUUAUCUUGGAGCGGAUAUGGAUAAGAUUGCAGAGGCAAUAUCAGAAGCUACAUUUUCUCUAGAUAUGCAACAGUGUGGAAAUGGGCCCCGUACUAAGUUUGAAGGAGUUGAAUAUGCUAAAAGAAAUCGUGGAACACUCAAUAAUAGUAACUUGCACUCGAUGAAUCCUGAAUUAAUACCAAAGCAAACUCCACGAAUACGACCGGAAGCUCAAGAAAUAUAUGAGUCGAAUGACGGUCAAAUGUGUAAAUUGCUGCUGACAAAUGAUAAAUUAAAACAAAAAUUAUUAUGGAAUCCAAAAUUUUAUCCGAAUACUAAUGAUAUCAUUAGAAGAUCACGUGGUGGAGCAGCUAAAGAUUGUUUAAAUCCAUAUAAAACAAAAUGGUGCAGUAAAAUACGAAUGACGCGGACAGCUUCAAUUAGAAGGAAACAAAUAAAUAAUUAAAACAAUAUUAUUAUUUAAAGUGUUUAUGAAUAUCGAUGUACAAUUAUCCAUUAGAAACUGAUGUUAUAUACUUGUAUUUUCGAUAAUAUCAUUUCUUACUAUAAACUGAUCUCUGUUAGAUA